AUGCUGGAAACGGUGAAUCUAGGCCUGUAUCAGCGGGAGCUGUACCGCGCCCAGUUCCGAGAGAAGGUUGCUGCAGGAAAUGCAACUUUAUUCGUCGUCCCGUACGCGGCGUUCGGCACCUUCAUCCUGCCGAUUCUGUACCUGACGAUCCCACACGUCAAGCGCCCCUGGCUCUACCAGGCGCGUUUUGCGCUGUACGCCCUCAUUGUCGCCUUCAACCUGCAGGAGAUGGGCCGGAGCUCCAGCACCAACAUGGCGGCUGCUUAUGCAGUGGGCCUGUUUCAGUCGUGGGGCAUCGUCUGGUCUGCAACUAUCUUGAUAUGGAUGGCUCCACAGUUUGAGGCUGAGAGGGUCGAGAAGAGACGAAGGGUCACGACAGGUCAGAUGAAUGGGUCGUCUCAGGUAGAAAAUGGUCAUUCGGUGACCCCUACAAGCAACGGGCAUGCGAAAAGGACCACUGCAAGCAACGAUGAGAGACUCCGGGCUCUUGCAGCGCCGGACGAGGAUAUUGCGAAUAACUUGGCCGAAUAUGAGUACUACUGGCAGGCAUAUCCAGCGAAUGCGUCAUUUCUCACAAGACUAGAAUGGGCGAUAGACUUGGUCUUCGCGUUCCGAGGCUCGGGAUGGAACUGGUCAAUCCCGUCAGUCCCCCGUUUUGCCAAACCAGAGAAACCUCAGUCAGGGGAGCUGGUCAAACUUGACUCUAUCGCCAUUUCCACGCGAUUUGGCUAUGCUCGUUCCACGACGCGCAAAGCCUUCUUGCACACAAAGCUGAGCAGAUUAGCCAUUGACUUCGUCGUCCUCGACUUCUGCAGCGUCUUCAUGAUGAAAGAUCCCUAUUUCGUCCUCGGGCCCAACGAGCGCCCGCUUCCCGCCCUCCUCGCCUCACUCCCUCCUUUUCUCGUGUCCAUCUGGCGCAGCAGUAUAUCCCUGGCAGGGAUCAUCGCAGCUCUGCACCUCGUCUUCGCCAGCCACCAGCUCGUCUGCUGCUUCCUCCUGCGCCGCUGGCUCGGCACCCGUAGCGAGCUGUGGCACUACCCUUCGAUCCUCGGCUCGUUCGACCAAGUUCUCGAGAACGGCUUGGCCGGCUUCUGGGGCGCCUGGUGGCACCAGACCUUCCGCCAAGCGUUCUCAGCGCCGACACUCUGGCUCGACCGCAAUGGACAUCUGCAGAAGCUUAGUACAGUGCAGACCAAAGUCGUCGCGAGCCUGAUUGCCUUCGCGCAGUCCAGCUUCCUGCACGCCUCCGGUAGCCUGACCUGCCUUCCCGACUCGAAGCCCUGGAUGCCGCCGGCGUUCUUCCUGCUGAGUUGGAUUGGUAUCAUUGUGCAGACCGCCUUGACCAUGGUCUUGUCGCAGAAAGGUCCCCAGCUCCCGCGCCCGGUGCGCCGCGCUGGGAAUCUACUGUAUGUCGUCCUGUGGCUGCACUUCACACAAUGGGCGUUCGUCGACGACCUCAGCCGCUCGGCGGUGUGGCUGUUCGAGCCGGUGCCGUUCAGCCCGUUGCGCGCGAUGGGGUUCGGCAAGCCUGGCGAUGGCUGGUGGCGAUGGGACUACGACCAGUGGCCACAUUGGCAUAUAGAUGCGCAGCAUUGGUGGAGGAGCGGCAUUAUGGUCUGA